UUAUAAAACGGUGUGCUCUGCCAUAAACGCACCCAAUAUGUGCUAGUAAUGUCCUGUUUGCCAGCUUGUUGACCCUCUGUGUUCCCCUCCUGCAGGGUUUAGGAGCCGUUGCUGUGGACGGAGAGACGGGGACGUGAGCGGCCAUUGAGGGCGGCCAGGGUGCCGGUGAGCCCCCCCCUGCUCGGUGUGCGGGCUGAGCUUCGAGGGGCUGAGCUUCGAUGGAGGACCACAUGACGGGGCACAACAAGGAGAAGCGUUAUGAGUGUGACGUGUGUGGCAAGGCCUGGAAGAAGCCGAGCCGGCUGGAGAUCCACCGGCGGGUGCACACGGGCAAGAAGCCCUAUGGCUGCUCCACCUGCGGCAAGAGCUUUACCCAGUUGUCGGGGCUGCGGGAGCACGGGCGGGUGCACAGCAGUGAGCGGCCCUUCACAUGCUCCGACUGCGGCAAAUGCUUCAAGUGGUCGCCGGACCUGAAGAAGCACAUGCGCCUGCACACCUGUGAGCGUCCCUACACAUGCAGCAACUGCGGCAAGGGAUUCACCCACUCCAGCAGCCUGCUGGUGCACCAGCGCACGCACACUGGCGAGCGUCCCUACACCUGUGCACAGUGCGGCAAGAGAUUCAUCGACUCCUCCAACCUGCUGAAGCACCAGCGCACCCACACCGGUGAGCGCCCCUACACCUGCGCCCAAUGCGGCAAGGGCUUCACCCAGUCCGGCACCCUGAUGGAGCACCAGCACACCCACACCAGCGAGCGUCCCUAUACCUGCACCCAGUGUGGCAAGGGCUUCACCAACUCCUACAAGCUGCUGUCCCACCAGCGGAUGCACGCCGGCGACCGUCAUGUCCCCAGCCCGGUGUGUGGGGAGCGCUUUGCCUUGGCCUCCCAUGCCCUGUCUCGCCAGCGCGUGCACACCCGUGGCCAGCCUUACGACUGCCUGUACUGCGGUGAGGGGUUUGACAGCUUGCGGGAGUUGCGGCAACACCGGCAGACACGCCGGCAAGCAACUGCUCCUACUGUGACAAGAGAGCAUGGGGGCUGCGGGAACACCAGCGGAUACACACCGGCGAGAGACCCUUUGUGUGCGCUGAUUGUGCAAGGGUUUCACCCGCAUGUCCAGCCUGUGGCAGCACCAGUGUACCCAUAACGGUGAGCGUCCCUUCCCCUGCCCGUCCUGUGGUAAGGGCUUCACCCGCCUUGACCACCUGCUGGAGCACCGGUGAGUCCACACUAGCCAGCGCCCCUUCACCUGCACGCUCUGUGGCAAGGCCUUCGCACGCUCCUCCAGCCUAAUGGCAUACUGCCUCGUGGAUAGGCAUUGUUUAGGUAGACACAAAAUGCUGGAAGUAAUGGGUAACGUUUUGGGUUGUUUCUUCAGUCACCCAUUCCAUCUCUCCAGAGAUGCUGUCUGUCCUGCUGAGUUGCUCCAGCACUUGGUGUCCUUUUUUUCAACCAGCAUCUGCAGUUCCUUGUUUUUAAACCAUUCUGGUUAACCAUCACUGCACCUUCCCCAAAGCCUCCACAUCAGUCCUGUAAUGGAGUGACCAGAACUGUAAGCAAUACUCCAAAUGCUACCUGAGCAAUGUCCCUUAAAGCUAUGCAUAUACAUUCCUCUCUCUCUCCCCUCUCCAUCCACUCCCCCUCCUCUCGUACACAAAUUCUCUGCACUCCACCCUCUCGUGUCCCCCUCCUCUCUCUCAUACACUCCCUCUCUCGCUCCCUGUCUAUCUCACACACACCCUUGACACCCCUUCCCUCCGGUGUCUCCCAGGCAGAAAUAAAUUGCUUCCCCCCUCCCCGCAUCUCCUCUACCCCUCUCCCACGCCCCUCCCUCUGUCCCUCUCUCUCACACACACUCCCUCUCUCUCUUGUUCUCUCACACGCACUCCGUCUCUCACACGCACCCCUCUCUUGCUGUCUCACAACCUCGCUCUUGCUCUCGCGCACACACCUCUCUUGCUCUCACACACUCCCUCUCUCUUACACACACACUCCCUCUCUCUAUUGCUCUUUCACACACACUCCUGCUCUCUCACACACAUUCCCUCACUCUCUCCCACACACAAACACUCCCCCUCUCUCUCACACACACUUCCUCUCUCUUGCUCUCUCACACUCUCACACACGCUCUCUCAAUCACACUCACACAAGCUCUCUUACACACUCACACACGCAGUCUCACACACAUUCUCACCCACUCUUUCUCUCAAACACGCACUCUCUCCUUGUAUGUAGACUAUGCGUGCAUUUCACACUACACUUGCACUCAGUCCACCAACGCCUGCUAGUUCUUCCAGUUGCCAACCAUUUUAACUCCCCUUCCCACUCCCACACUGAUCUUUCUGUCCUGGGCCUCCUCCAUUGCCAGAGUGAGGUUGAAAGAGCUAAUACCCUGUAGUCAAAUCUAAAACGGAGUCGCUCUUCUACAAAAGCAUGUUCUAGUAGAACAAAAGAAUGGUUCGGUGCCAAGUCUGAAUGACUUUGCAAAUUAUAUGGAACACAAUACGGAGGACAGGUUGUCUUUUUAAUAAAGACAUUAAGAUGGAAGCCUGUGAAAUAACAUCUGCAUCUUUCAAGGUCAUAAAGAAGCCCACAUUGAAAAAAAUAGCUGUCGCUCUAGAGAUAAGUAAUAACUUGUUAUUGGAUGAGCUUGAUUUGGACCCAGCUUUUCUUAUAUUCUGAAAGGCUACAGAAUCUUCCAGUCAUGCCAUAUUCAGACUUGGUAGGAGUAUUUUACUGAUAAGAAAAAUGUAUAAUUGUGCUAACUUUCCUCUGUUCUGAGAGUGGAGCCCGAGAAGCACAGACCAACGUUCGUGCUCAUUGUAGAUCUUGCCACUCCUGUCUGAUGAAUCAAUUAAAGAUUGCCAUGGUUUACCUUUAACAUUUUUGUUGCUGUCUGCUUUUUA